AUGGUCAAUAAAGAUUUUACAAUCCGCUAUGGACUCAAUACACCUCAAUUCAAUUCCACUCAACGCAACCCAAAUCAACUCAACGUAACUCAGCCCGACCCAACUCAACUCAACCCAAUACAACACAACACAACCCAAUUCAAAUCAGCCCAGCGGAUCUUAGAAAGCCGAUCGACAACACUG